ACAGGAGAGAAGUUCCUACAGGAGACGCUCGCUCAGCGUGGACUGGGCGGAGUCCAAGAUGACCCAGCAGGUCCAGGAGCUCCGCCCACCGCUGCUGCAGAAGUUCUCCAGUGCGUCGUGCUCUUCCCCACCCAGCGCAGCACGGCGCCUCUAUAGGAACCUUUCAGGAAAGUUCCGCCUGGCCAAUACGGACGAGACCGACAACAAGGGGCAGCUACGCAAAUCAGCCGGGUAUAACCGGACACUGUUCGAGGCCGUGGAACAGCAGGACCUGGACCUGGUGGACACACUGCUGAAGAACUUCAGUGUAGAAGAUCUGGACCUGAACACACCCAACAGUGAAGGGCUUCUGCCUCUGGACGUGGCCAUCCUCACCAACAACGUCCCCAUGGCCAAGCUCCUGCUGCAGAGGGGGGCUAAAGAGAGUCCACACUUCGUGAGUCCAGAGGCGCGGUCCAGUCACCUGGUUGCCCUGGUGAAAGAGGCGGAGCUUCGUGUGUCCGAACUCGCCGCUCAGGUGAAAGGGGUGGAGUCACCAGAAGAAGGGGCGGGGCUGGAAAGUAAAAGGCAGCUACAGGCGUGGGAGUGGAGACUCCGCCUCUACAAGCGCAUGCAGACCGGAUACACACACGCGAGUCCCCCGGACCCCCCCAGCUGUGUGCGUCUCUCUGUCAGCAGCACCUCCAGUGUGAGGGUUCAUGUCCAGGAGCCGCUUUGCCUAAACGCUGCCAUCAUCACCAAAUACCGCGUUGUGUGGAGUUCCUCUCCGUCCUUUUCUCCAUUUCUUGGUGAGAUUAUAAUCGAGGCCACGACCCAACUGCAGUGUGACAUCACGGGUCUUACAGCUGGUGUGCAGUACUAUGUUCAGGUCUCUGCGUAUAACAUGAAGGGAUGGAGUGAAGCUCAGGGAUCUGUACCGGCCUGUUCUACACCGUCAGGAUGGAGGGACGUGGACGGGCAUGUGCCGCGGUUAAACCACCUCACGGAGCCACUGCAGCAGAUCCUGGUCCAGAUCAGAGAGGCGCACCAGCACUGUGUGUGUCACGACCACUGUAAGGUUCCUCCCACUGUCCGGAAGCACUCGGUAUCCAAGAGUCUGAGACAUCUCUUCCAACCCACCAGCAAAUUCAUCAAACACCUCAAAAGGGGUCUGUACGUGGCGUGUGUGUUCUACAGAGACGAUAAUGUCCUGGUGACGCCGGAGGAGCAGCUGCCCAUGAUCGAGGUGGACGAUUCCUACAGCUCGCUCACGCAGGACUUCCUCUGGUUCAGCAAGGUGACGUAUUUGUGGGAGGAGCUUCAGUGGCUGCAGCAGUGUGUUAGCUCCACCCACCUGAACUGUUCCUGUACUCUACAAAGCCGCCUCAAAAUCCUGUCGGCCCUGAUACAGCUACAGGCUCUGUUAGGUACCCAGGAUUUGGGACAGGUGUACUGCGAGCCCCUGUGUGAUAAACAUGGUAACGCCGUGCUGCUGUUACUGCGGGAUCUGGGAGGAAGUUCAGAUCUGGAGACUCAGCGCUGGAUUAAACUCUCUAAACUUCAACUGCAGCGCAAAUCCACCUUCUGCACCGAGGAGCCUACAGCUCUGGAUACACUGCUCAUCACCCUGCACGAGAAGUUAGCGUAUCAUAAGCGUAGCAGGAAGCCGCUUCCUCCAGGACUUUAUCUGGGUUAUAUGAAGCUCUGCACUUCAGUGGAACAGAUCCGGGUUUUGGUUCCUCAGAAAAUCCCUAAUGUGUUCUGCCACGUCAAGAUCCGUGACAACGGCCACGUCUCCAGGGAGGAAUGGCAGUGGCUACAGUCCCUACAGUCUCUAGAGGACACACAAGAAGUGUUUGCUGAUGAGCAAAACGCUGCACAUCGCUUCUUACUGGAACUGUGCCACGCCGCCAAUGAUCUGCUGGGACGCAUCAACAUCCCUAACAACCAGGCCCAGAAUUUUCGGCUAUAUGUCCAGGAAGUGCUAGAGUUUGGUGAGGGCGUGUCCUUCCUGUUGCUCCUCCCACCAUGUGAGGACGUAUGUACCCCCCCUGGACAAAACAACUUUUCUCCUCGAUUUGGAUUUUUUACCCUGCCUCUUCAAAUCUUUGAGCUGGUUCAUUACGGAGCAUACUGCCCCAGCUUUAUCAGUCAGUACUGUCAGGCGUCUGCAGUUUUGGACCUGGAGUCUCUAGUUACCCAGCAGGCUCUGCGGGAGGCGUUCUCAGAGUCCGAGCUCAACACAGCCAAACAGAAACACCAGAGGAUCCAGGAGCUUCUCCAGCAGGUGGAGGAGGUUUGGAGAGAAGCUCGCUGGAUGGUGGAGGUGCUACAAUUCGCCCGUUACAAGCAGCAGUGCGUUGGUGUGAAUCUGGGAUCCAUUAUCGACUUCAUCAAGGAGAAUGCCAUCGAGAAGAAAGCUUCUACUUCAUCCCAACCCGAUUAUUUACCUUCACCUGUCCCCUCACCUGUCGCAUCCCCAGCUCCCUCACCUGCCCCUUCACCUGAAAGUGGUCGCAAAUACCCUGACUCUUUGUCUGAUGAUGAAGGAUCACUGGAGGUCUUCCUCACCCCGGACAGCGAUUACAGCUCCAGUCCGCGAGAGCUCGACCUGCUCCCUACAUCACACCCACCAUCGUACACGCCUCAGCCGGACGUGCUUUGUUCGGGGAGUGUGGUGAGGGCGGGGCCAGAGCUGAUCGACAGCGACUUUGUCCUGCCCAGUCGUCAGAUCGAGCUGUUGCGCAUCACAGAGAAGAAGACGGCACUGUGUGUUCGCACCAGCAGCCUCGAAGCCCCGCCCCCCGUCUCCACCAAAACCCCCAGCGCCUCGCCCUCGAGGAUUCGCACCCGUCCCCGACCCGUCCGUGCCCUGUCAGAGGACAGUGGGAGGAAACAGAACUCCACCCACUCCAGAAAGUCCUGCUACUCGACGGUCAGAGUUUACCCACAGUACGACACCGGACUGCCCAAGGAGACCAGCGUCAAGAUGCGCGUGACCGUAAACACCUCGGCCAGGGAGAUGGUGCAGCUGGCGGUGCAGGAGAUCAACGGAGUCUGCGCCCGUAUCCAGAGCGCCGCCCGGCAGUGCGCCUGCCCCGCCCAGGUGUGCCUCUGCGGCACCGAGGUGCGCGUCUACCCACCGGAGCAACUGGACCACUUCGGCCUGGUCCUGCUAACCGAGGGCCGAGAGAAAGGGCUGCAGGACGACUUCUGCCCCCUCACCCUCCAGAACCCGUGGACUCAUGGGAAACUGUGUGUACGCUUCAAGCAGUGCUCGCCUCUCGCCCUCCAGCACGGCCGCGCUACCGCCGUGUAGCGCACACACACACACACACACACACACACAGUGUACAGGCUUCAUCACGAGAGCUUCUGAACUCGUCCUUCCACUCUGUACAUAAAAGACAGCAAGAGAAAGUUUGUGAACCCCUUGAAAUGACUUGGUGUGAUCUUUGCAGGAUGCCCACUUCUAGGAGGACUAGCAGAAGUGUGUUGGUUCUUAUGUACUCUCUGAAGCACAUAGAGCUUUUGAAGAUGAAAUCUAGACAAGAUACCUAUCCAAAACAGCCCCACAUGCCCCCUCCACUAUGCUUCGGGCUGCAGUAAACGGCAACUUGUGUCAAGUGUAUUGGCAGAAUUGAAUCUAGAUGAUUGUGGUUGUGAUCCCUGUGCUCUUGGUGUGAUCUUUGCAGUAAACCCACAUAACGAAGUGGGGGCACCACUGCAAUCCACACCUUCAACUCCUGGCUCCUCUGGGCUCCUGGUUUGAGCUUCACCUCAGGUCGGUCAAGUCAGUUAUGAAAUAUUUGUACAGCAAUAAUCCAGGUCCAGAAGCUCCCACGUCUGUGGGUUUUUGCUUAAAUCCAGAAGACAUGCGGUGGGUAGAUUGGCUGCUCUUACUUGCACCUUGGUGUGAGGGAACAUGUGAUCAUUUAGGGCUAUUUAGGGCUAUUACACGGGUUGGACAAAAUAACUGAAACACCUGUCAUUUUAGU